AUGGGCCUACACACUGAACCUUUGGAACAAGAAGACCAAGACGCGAUAAUACUCGACGCCAGAGCUGGCGACCUGGAUUCGCUUAAGGAUAUAUUUAGCACUUUGAUCAGCCCCAAGUUGUUGGUCUCGUGCAAAGAAAGCGGGUCCAACUCUACAGCUUUGCACAUGGCUGCAGCAAACGGCCAUGUUGAGACAGUCCAGUACAUACUUGAGACGGUUUCUCGCGAGAACAGUGCUGAAGAGUUGAAAGCCUUCAUCAAUGAGGUAAACGAAACAGGCAACACCGCACUUCAUUGGGCCUCGUUGAACGGCAAACUGGACGUGGUCAGAUUACUAUGUGACGAAUAUGAGGCCGACCCCUUCAUCAGAAAUAAGUUUGGCCACGAUGCCAUCUUUGAAGCCGAGAACAGCGGGAAGGAAGACGUAGAGACGUACUUCUUGAAGAAAUACGAUGUUGAGCCCGAGGAUGAUGAAGAUACACAGUGUGAGGGACAAGCUGGCGUUCAAAUCACAAAGGGUACAGAAAUUGAACAAGUCACUAAGGAGGCCACUGAUGCUUUAAGAGAGGAAACUGAAAAGUUAAAUAUAAAUAAGGAUUAA